AAUCAACGCAUCCUCGUCUCUGUAGACACUCACAUUCUGCUGGAAUAACAAUAAGCAUCAGUCCAGGAACCUUUUUCUUCCUCUCCUCCUCCGAAGAGAACCCUCGAAGGAACCGACUUUUCCCAGUGGGAACUAGCCUCUUUAGCUCUUGUCCUCCCACUUCUGCUAAUAAGUAGUAAAAACAAGCACAAAUACAAGAACACAAAAGUGCAGCAAGCAAACAGAUUGUUAUUUACUCAACUGCAUUAUCUUUGUGCUUUUAUCAACAACUGCCUUUCUUGCGAACAAAAUGAAGAAAGCCGUUAUUGUGUCCGUUGCCGCAUCCGCGGCGGCGAUCCAGCCCCCGACGCAUCAGUGGAUCGGGAAAGAAGACGGGGGAGCGUUUGUGGAGGUGGACACUGGGCGGGGUAAGGCGAACGCGGGUGGGAAGAAGAAAAAGCAGGUUUAUCCAGUGGUGGCAGCGGGCACGGGUCAACGCACUACCGCGUGUCUGCUGAGGGCAGGGAAUCAAUUUUAUCCGAAUUAUGGGGGCUCUGGUGUUUAUGGUGAUAUCUGCAGUUCCGGUUGUUCAGCUGCCUAUUGUGCUGUGGAGCCUAUUUCCUGCGGGAAGGGUUGCGGGACACUGAAGGUGCCCACAGGGUCCUGUUGCGAAGUGGGUACGGCUGUGGGCUUCCAAGGAGAUAACGUUGUCUUUAUCAAUUGAGAAUUCUUAAAAGGUGAUUAGUUACUGAUCAUCUCUCUACUGCAACUUUUAUGUAAACGAAGGUUGUUGCGCGAGCUAUGUGCUCCUGAAUGAUACGUCCGUACGCAUAAUCAACAUGUCAAAGAAGCUCAAGUUUCUGUAAACACUAUGCGCUGUAUUCCAUUUAUCUACUUGUUCAUACACGUCACAGCGCGCAGCUGCUGGUGCUACGUCGUUCAUCCUCCCCGUUUGUUGGAUUCAAUUUUUUCGGACCACGCACUUUUUACCCGUAUUUUGAUAUCUUUGUCUUCGGAAUAGAAGACGAUUCUCAGAAGUCCCGUCGACUUUCUGUCCCUGCAAGAAGUUGUAGCCCGGCGAUUUUCCAAGUUGAUGUCCUGGAAUGAUAUGACUACGCAUGAUUAGGCGGAAGUUUUAAGCUGUAGUACGAAGCGGGUCCCUCUUUAUGCACGCGCAAUAGAAGAGGUCAUCG